AAACUCGCUGGUCUAAAUACGACGAAUAAAUGUUUAGAAAUGAACGUUUUUAGCUAAAUAUUUUUUCACGUGCGGCCACGAUGCUUUGUCUCGGCGUCGGCGUCAAAGGAGAUUAGGUUCGUUUACACAAUUGUCGCCCCCCUCGGCACGCGACCUGGGCUCGGAUUACGCCACUCCGACACACUAAAACCCACUCCACGCUGUGUCACUCUAGGAUCAACGGUCUUCCGAGUGUUUAUAACAGUGAUUGUAUUAGUGCGGUGAACUAACCGAUAUAAAAAUGGCGUGGGGAUAUUGGUCGGCGUCGUCGGUGAUGCCCGAUCGCGGGCGCAGCCCACGCCGCGCUGGGACUUCCGCUUCACACGCUCAUCCUAAUCCACCGACCGCGCGGGAAGUGCUAGAGACGCACGAUGAAAGCAUCAUCCACACGGCAUCUACGUCGCGGGAUAGUCGCGAGCACUCCGCGUCGCCGCAUUCUUCGUCGAACGGCGGACACUCGCACCACCAACAUGAGGUGCGGCACGCGGUGCCGGCGAGCGCGCUGUUCGGGGAGAGCUACGAGAUGUCGCGGCGGCCAUCUUUGGAUCUCGGCUCGGUGCGGAGCGCGUUAGGUUCCUGUGGAGGUGGAGGCACGUUAAGCGCGGGAUCCACAUUGACGCGCGGUGGCACGCUCGCCGAUUAUCUACCGCCCGCGCCGUGCCCGCACCACCACCGCGUCUACGUCGACCACCACAAACACUACGAGCAACCCAUUCAGCCCGUGCACGUGGGAGUGGCGCACCAUUCCCACUCGCACGCCUCCAGCCGCCACCACACCGACGACGAGGACGACCUCGAGCCGGCAUAUGCUACAGUGUUUCCGAAUGUGCCGCCGGCGCCGGGCAUGUCAUGCGCGGGAGAAGACCGCAGCAUAUACAGGCGCGGCGCCCGGCGGUGGCGGAAGCUCUACCGCGUCAAUGGGCAUAUCUUCCAGGCCAAGAGAUUUAAUAGACGCGCCUUCUGUGCCUUCUGCCAGGACCGCAUCUGGGGCCUCGGCCGCCAGGGCUUCAAGUGCAUCCAGUGCAAGCUGCUGGUGCACAAGAAGUGCCACAAGCUCGUCCAGAAACCGUGCUCCAGCGAGCAUGUGGACCCUGUGGAGAUCAAGGAUGAUGCCAAUGGGGAGAGUACCCUGGGCCGUGCUUCGUCCGUCAGGUCUAGAGCAGACCCCGAGCCGCCGCUGCCGGACACGCCGCCCGCGCCGGCGCCGGCGCGCGAAGACCUGGAGCCGGGCUCGCAGCGCCAGUACUCGCUCGACGACUUCGAGCUGAUCAGAGUCAUCGGACGCGGCUCCUACGCUAAGGUGCUGAUGGUAGAACUGAAGCGGACGAAACGCGUGUACGCGAUGAAGGUGAUCAAGAAGGCCCUCGUCACGGACGACGAGGACAUCGACUGGGUGCAGACCGAGAAGCACGUGUUCGAGACGGCCUCCAACCACCCGUUCCUAGUGGGGCUACACUCCUGCUUCCAGACUCCUAGUAGACUGUUCUUUGUCAUCGAGUUUGUGCGCGGAGGAGAUCUAAUGUUCCACAUGCAGCGGCAGCGGCGGCUGCCUGAGGAGCACGCGCGGUUCUACGCGGCGGAGAUUUCUCUCGCGUUACACUUCUUGCACGAGCGCGGGGUCAUCUACCGCGAUCUGAAGCUGGACAACGUGCUACUGGACCAUGAGGGCCACAUCAAGCUCACCGACUACGGCAUGUGCAAGGAGGGCGUCCGCCCCGGCGACACGACGUCCACGUUCUGCGGGACGCCCAACUACAUCGCGCCCGAGAUCCUGCGCGGCGAGGAGUACGGCUUCAGCGUCGACUGGUGGGCUCUAGGGGUCCUCACCUACGAGAUGUUAGCUGGACGGAGUCCCUUCGACAUCGCCCAGGCUGCAGACAACCCCGACCAGAACACUGAGGACUACCUCUUCCAGGUGAUCCUAGAGAAGACGAUCCGUAUCCCCCGCUCGCUGUCCGUGAAGGCCGCGUCGGUGCUGAAGGGCUUCCUCAACAAGAGCCCCGCGGAGCGGCUCGGCUGCGGCGAGAGCGGCUUCAUGGAUAUCGUGCAGCAUCCCUUCUUCAAGAGCAUCGAGUGGGAAAUGCUGGAGCAGAAGCAAGUAGUGCCGCCGUUCAAGCCGAGGCUAGAGGGCGAGCGUGACUUAGCUAACUUCCCGCCCGAGUUCACCGACGAGCCCGUGCAUCUCACGCCUGACAACGACAACGUGAUCGCAGACAUCGACCAGUCGGAGUUCGAAGGCUUCGAGUACGUGAACCCGCUCCUCAUGUCCCUCGAGGACUGCGUGUGACACCACGCUUGCCUGCUGCACCCCUACCACGACCCCGCCAUGGCGUUCGGUUACGGCGAGUCAUCUUCGUCGGACUACGACUCGGUGUGCUCGUCGCUGCCACCGCGCAAGCCCACGCUGCUGCAGCACAUGUUCUGUCUGCCGCUCAACUGACCCCGCUACGACUAACCAGUCACAACCCCAACCGGUUACACAUACCAAUUAACCGGUUUCGAGUUUUGGUUGUAGCUUUUCAUUGCUACAGCGUAUGUUCUGUCUGCCGCUCAACUGACUCCGCCACGACUACAAGCGUAACCGGUUACACAUACCAAUUAACCGGUUUCGAGUUUUCGUUCUAGCUUUUCAUUCUUGCAGCAUAUGUUCGGUAUGCCGCUCAACUGACUCCGGCACGACUAACCGGUUACGCUUCGUAACCGGUUACACAUAUACCAAUUAACCGGUUUGGAGUUUUCGUUGUAGUAUUUAUUUUAUUUCAAGUUUGUAAAUUGUAUUUAGAGUCUGUCUACUAAGAUAACUUUGUAUCGCAUUGCACAGAAAUGACUGAUGACAUUUGCCAUAGUUAAUCAUUGCAAAUGCCAUGCAGAGUAACUAUGGUCCGACUUUGAAUUUGCCAUUUCAUUUCAAUGUUGUAAAUUGCUUGUAAAAGGUUCUGAAUAGUACCGGCAAAGAGUUAUUAAUAAUAGAAGAGGUAUAGUCUAAUAAAAAUGCGUGCCUCGAAUUCGACAGCUGUAUGGCACCGCACAUUACGCGGUUAUUCUCGUUGUCAAAACUUGCCACAAAACAUAUGGUGCCGUACAGCGUCAUCUUCAGCUGUCAAAUUAGAGGCACAAUUUUAGCUUAGAUUUUACACAUCUUAUUUUAUCAAUGCAUCUUUGGUACUGGAAUUACAUGCUUUUCCGUUUACUUUAGGUGAAAUAUCGUGCCACCUUACAUUUGCAAAAAGUGAUUGUUUUGUACUUAAAAUUAUAUAACAAAAUUAUUUUAACCGGUUGCAAGCCUCGAUGGAAAGUGAAUUUUGAUGUACCUAAAUAAUUGUCGAAUAACAAGUAAAAAUUAAAGUUUGUGUAUGAAUAUUUAGGACAAGCUAAAGUGACGAUUGUUAUACCAAAAAAAUAUACAAAAGUCACAUUAAAGUGUGGCCAAGGCCAUGUUUAUAGCCACUUAAGGCCAAGCUGUCCAAAGUUAACACUUUGAAUCGACUUUAUAUGUAUUUUGAAGAUUAGGGGAGCGUGUAGCGAACAAAGGCUUGCCUUGUUAUAUGAUACGGUUCGAAUGUAAGGUCAAUUGUAAAACAUGAUAAGCGACAUUUCUUCAAGUCUAAUCUUUAAUCCACUGGCUGUUACAGACUGAAGUGAAAAAUAUAACUUAAACGAUUUCUGAAUUUAUCUAAAAGUAUAUAAAAAUGUAAAGCUUUAGAUUAGAUAUUACUUGUGUUCACUAUUAUUUGUUUAACUGAGAAUGUAAAAUAUGUUUAUGCGAUUCCGUGUACUGAAGAGUAUAAUUAGAAAGUGUUUACAUAAGCACUUAGCUCCAAAAACAAUAAUAAUUAUAAAUCUGUCUAAAUAAUCUAAAAUGUGUCUAAUUUUUGGAGCUAACUGUAUAUAUGUAAAUAUUAAACGUAGCAAACAGAUCUGAAUGUAUUCUACAGCCAGCAGCAGAAGUUGCUAAGCGGGAGAGUUCAAAAUGAUCUUGACGCGGCUGUAUUGUUAAGAUAAUAAGAGCGUGUCAAGGUAAUUUUGAACACCUCGUCCGCUCAGCAACUUCUGCAGCUGACUCUACUUCUCUUCGAAAGGAAUUGAUGGCAGUUGACACAGACACUGUUCUGGUGGUUGGUGCUCGAAGUCUACGUCUGUAACUAGGUAACCCUUCAGCAUUCAGGUAGCAGCGGAUGGCGUCACACAGUUUUCCUAUUAUAUUAUAAUAAAUCUUAGAUCACUUCGAAUUAAGCCCGAAGCCACUUCGGGCUGAAAAACGCUUCUUAUGUACAUAAAAUUAUCUCUAUGUAUACAAAACGUAUAAAUAACUAUAAAUAUUUUUGAAACUAUUCUAAUGUCUCUUCGCGAACACCGAGCUACAUCGCGGUGUCUACCAUCUAUAUAUGUUUAUUGAGCAAUAAUAUAUUGUAGUUAUAUCUAUAUGGGGACAGGUGAUAAUGCUCAAUGAAUGGCACGUAAGGAAUUAAAAGUACUUAGAUAAAAAUAUCGCCCUUUAAAUGCAGGCGCGUAUUUUAGCCCUUCUCCAAUAUUAGUGUUUUCCCUAGAAGCCUAGUUUAAGCUAGAGUCUUGCUACGAUUCUUUGUGAGGAGUCUCGCGUGGCGUGUACUGUGUUAGAACUGUAUAGAAAUCCUUAUAUCGGUAACACCUCUCAGAGAACAAUCGAAUGUAAACCUUGUCUAUAUGAGUGUAAGGACUGUAAUCGCUACCAGUAGUCGAGUGUACAUAAGUCACGCUUUAUUCCUAUUAUAUUGUAAAUUAAUGUAUCCAUUCCCUACCGUAGCUCCCGUUGUCGUUCAUAGCUAACACCACUCGUUUAGGUAGCCAACGAAUUUUAUAAAAUAUUAUAUAUGUAAUUAUAAAUAUGGAGCACUGAUACAAACUCGUGUACAUUGACAAAAUAAAAAUAUUAAAAAAUACAAUCGGUUAUAAAAAUAUUAUAACAAAUUAUUGUUAAAGUAGAAGGAAAGACUUAUUAUAUAAUGAUAUGGUUACUUAUAUGGUAAUUAUUGGGGCGUAUGCCGGUGUCCACGGACUAUUCUAAAUAACGUAGUAUCUAUUAGACAUUUUGCACCGAUAUUCUAGUGAUCACGCUCUUGGCUCGGCGACGAACUUAAAACUGUUUAGAAUGCCGGUCUCAUAACAUAUUUUAACUAACCCCUAAACUCAAGUGUUACACCAAGAAACAUAUGGCAUAACGUACAAGAACAGAUAUUACUUGAUUUCUAUCGUGAAUCAAACAAAAUGGUUAGCAAAAAUAUAUCGCUAUACAGUUUCGGAGGAAAUAUUUAACUAUAAAAUGAGCCAAAUAUUUUUCGGUGUAAUGAUAACGUACCUUUUAAAUGUAGAGUAAAUUAUAUUUUGUCUGCAUUCUAUUUCUUCUAAGUGUUGCCACUGCCGCCCGAAUGUUAAACUUCUAUGUUAUCGUUGGUAUAAAUGGAUUUUAUAAUUCAAGUUUCAUUUGUUUGAUUAUUAUCAAGCUGCAUGAAUGUGGUACAAUUCCGUUAUUAGAAGUGUAAUUUAAACAGCUAUUAGACUGUCCUGCGCUAAGUCGCUUGAUGUUGGCUGACAAGAGUCAGCCAUAUUUUAUGCGUGUUCGCUUAUUGGUAGGUACAUUUAUUCGUUGCUUUUCAUAUUUUACUAGGGUAUUCAAGCCUAUGAUUAUUAACCGGUUAAUUUUAAUAACCGGUAAUUUACCGGUUUCGAUUAUUUACAUUUUACCAUGUGUUGCGUGACGGGCGCUUUGCAUUGUCGAACCCGCGCGGGGUUUUGUAUUAUUUUAAGUAUUUAAUUAUUAUUAAGCUGUAUUUUGGUACUAUUAACUCUAUAUUAAGCGUAAUUAGUUAACAUUCCAAUGUCUGACUUUAUAUUUGUUUGUGCGACAUGGUGACACGCAUGGAUCAAGUUCCAAAUUAUCUUUUUAUACGGUUUAAUAGGUUCUAAUAAAAUGUUGAGAUUAUUGUAUACCUUAUUAGAACUUUGUUGUACGUUCGUUUAAUCAAUUAAGUUUGAAAUGUAUCUAAACUAAAUAUUCCUGUAUUAUACUAACCGCAUGACAAAUGACAUUUAAAUCACUGUUAAUUAUAAAAGGAAUUGUUCACUUUAUUGAUAUGUUAAAGUCGCCGUUUAGAACAAAUUAUGUAUCUUAGUUUUAAGUUUUAGUUGUAUGUUGAUACAUCCGAUGUAUGGAGCUUUAUGUAGUAUGGUUUACAUAUUGGAUGUGUGUACGAACACCGGGCGAGUGACGAGUCUCUGACGACUUAGACUGGAUACCUAACUUGGGAUACUGUACUAUUCUGUGCUUAAUUGAAAAUAAAGAAAGAUUAAUCUGA